AAGACACAUGGUACUCACACUCUGGACUAAGGAGAACCUGAACCUGAGACUCCAGCACUAUGUCUUAUCAACAGCAGCAGUGCAAGCAGCCUUGCCAACCUCCUCCUGUGUGCCCACCUCAGAAGUGCCCAGAGCCUUGUCCUCCUCCAAAGUGCCCUGAGCCUUGUCCUCCUCCAAAGUGCCCAGAGCCCUGUCCUCCUCCAAAGUGCCCUGAGCCUUGUCCUCCUCCAAAGUGCCCUGAGCUUUGUCCUCCUCCAAAGUGCCCUGAGCCUUGUCCUGAGCCAUGCCCCCCUCCCUCAUACCAGCAGAAAUGCCCUCCUGUGCAACCUCCUCCACCCUGUCAGCAGAAGUGUCCACCCAAGAGCAAGUAAGGGCUUCAGCAGUCACCAGGACAAGGGGAAGAGAAGAGAAUCCAUCUCAUGUACUUCCAAAGCAACACCUCCAUCUUCCCUCCAAAGCCGGGCAUGGAUCCAAAGACCUGUACGUCAGCCUUCAUUUCCAUGUGCCUAUAAUGACUCCUGAAAGGGAAGGCAUUUUCCUGCUUCUGUUGCCUAGCAGAUCAUGAGAAUGAUCCUUCCUCGGUGCUUCACUGUCCCAGGUGCUCAGAAUGAAGUGUUGCAGCAGUCUACCCUGUUCCUGCACAUGACAUUUUCCAAAUUUGUCUGACAUUUUCCCAUGGUAGUUGUCAUUGUUGUUUAUUUCCUGAAUAAAAAGUACAAUCUUGUUGAUUGU